UUGUUUUUCAUUUUCCAAGUUGCUUGUUUAGUUAUUGUAAAUCUUUUUCAAUUAUGUCUAACAGUUUAGAGAAUGUGAAAAAGAUCAUUCUGAUUCUUUCUGGUAAAGGUGGAGUAGGUAAAAGUACCACUGCAGUGAAUUUAUCUCUAUCUUUAAGUAAAUUGGGUUGUAAAGUUGGUCUACUUGAUUUAGAUUUAUGUGGUCCAAGUAUCGCUUUAAUGACCGGUCUUGAAGAGACAUCAAUUUACCGUAAUGAUAAGGGUUGGAUACCUUUAACUACUACACAUAAUUGUGAACAAUUUACUCCUCUAUCUGUUAUGUCAAUUGCUUUUCUUCUCCAAGAUAAAGAUUCGGCUAUUAUUUGGAGAGGACCCAAGAAGAAUGCUAUGAUUAAACAGUUUGUAGAAGAUGUUGACUGGGGCUCUCUUGAUUAUCUAAUCAUUGAUACACCACCGGGAACAUCAGAUGAACAUAUAUCGGUAGCUGAGUGUCUUAAACAUCGAGCAAGUGAUGUCAGCGCAAUUUUAAUUACCACACCUCAAAUUAUCGCUGUAAAUGAUGUUCGUCGAGAAAUAAGUUUCUGCCAUAAAGCUGGUAUUCCUAUCGAUGGAAUAAUUGAAAAUAUGAGUGGUUACGUUUGUCCACAUUGUUCCGAAUGUACUAAUAUAUUUUCCUCAGGCGGAGGCGAAUCAUUAGCUAAAUUGACCAAUGUCCAAUUUCUUGGUAACAUACCAAUCGAUCCUGAUCUCGGUGAAUCAGCAGAAAAAGGAGUUAACUAUGUCAAUCAAUUCGCAAAUUCAGAAGCAUGUAAAAAACUCAACGAAAUAGCAACAAAUCUGAUAGCCCAAAAAUCAACUUAAAAAUCAACGAAACCAAACCUGAAAUGAUCCAAAUUGAGAAUCAACAAAAUCCCAUAUUGAACCAACCAACACCUUUCCAAUCAAACGAUUCCAAAUCUAUACAAUCAAAAUCAAAGAAUGGUACAAAAUCUGAUCGCUAUUAACUAAUCAAAGUCUAAUUGACUAAAACUCAAUUGAAUUCACUGGUGCAACCUAAUCGACAAUAAGCAAUUUCCGUUUCCGUGGUGGGUCGUUGGUCUAGGGGUAUGAUUCUUGCUUAGGGUGCAAGAGGUCCCGGGUUCAAAUCCCGGACGACCCCUUAACCUUUUGAUUAAAUUGUUGGAAAAGACAUUUUUUUUCGUCCAACAAUUAGCAACAAUCAACCCAAAUCCACUUUCUCCAAUCCGAUCUUCAACAACUUUAAUCUCCUCCUCUCAUAGAAAAUUAUUAUUGAAAAUUGUCUAUCUUCAAGUCUUAAUCAUGAUUAUAACUGAUCAUUAGUUUAUCAAAUUAAUUUACUAUUAAUAUUCCCACUUUAACCCUCUUAAUUAAACUUGAUUAACAAUUCAGGUCAUUACUGAUUCAAUUACGAUUGAUUACUACAAUUAAACAGAUACCAAACUAUUA